AUGGAGAAAGGAUUCAAGUCAGCGGUACCAGCUACGCCGGUGAAGUCGGGACGAGGAUCGCCCGAAGGUUCGUCAACGAUCGCGAGUGACUUAACGUCUCGGUUGUCGACGAUCUCCGAAAGGUCGGUCAGUUUCGAAGAGUCGGCCGACGAAGAUCCGGACGCCAAGGAUGACAUGAUGAUGGACUAUGGUGACCUGGAGGAGAAGACUCCAGCGACGACGCAGGAAAAUGCGAUGCUGUCCGCGGGACGUAGCGGAGGCUCGCGCUCCUUGUCCCGGAACCUCGUCGCGGAAUUUGAUGAAGUGGCGAAACCCGACCAUGCGGAUGACGACUUUGAGGAUGGCACCAAGCCCUCGGCUUCGAAGGCUCUGGUGCAGGUUACUAAGGGUCCUCAAGAAUCCUGCGGAAGUCGGCCCGCUAUGAACACUCCAGCUGCGAACAAGGUGCUCGGCAGAAUGCUCGAGCAGAUGGUGGAGUCGAGCGAAUGGAUAUGGCAGUUCAAUCCCGAGAUGACGCGUCAACCGACUUGGGCUGAGCUGAAGGAGGAGUUGCAACACCCUGUUGAGUCGACCUCGGUUACUCAGGUGGCCGAGGACACGGUGUCCCUCCUACGAGCGAUGGGCUGCGAGCCAAGGACUCGUCCGUCCGAAGUCUCGAACAAUAGUUGGACGCCGGGUCUCGCCGGCAAGGAGCUGCAUAAGUGGAAGAGGAAGCUUCGCCUGAGCUUCGGGGAGUCGGACCUGACUCUGGGACGCCCCCCCCGAGUGCCCGCCCCGCGAGGGAGAACGCUGAUCCUUCGAAGAUCCCACUGCCACAGACACCCAAGAAGUCCGCCGAGCGGUCAAAUCAAAGCCAAGCGACGGACGGAGUGUUCUCCGCCAAGACCGAAGGUUCGCCGUACUUCCAAGACUCGCACAUGGUGA